CUUUUGAGUUCGCUUCGCAUCAUCUCAUCUCGCCCCACUCUCACUGUGCGUGGGCGAUCAACAGUAAAAAAGCCAGAAAAUGAACCAAAUGCAUUACUAGUACAGCAAUGGCUCUUCCUCUAUUGACGUCAAAUAAUAUCCUGAACAUCAGCUGCACCUUGACGAUGCAAGCCCCUGUGCUUCUGUUGUCCCCAAAGUAGAGCUCCAAAGUCACAGUAUCACACUUUUGAAUCCCCGAGACCAAAAGACAAGAGACAUGAGUCCAGUAUCCAAUCCAAUGCUCUCCCCCACAAUGAGGCGACGAUGUGCCGUUUUGUUCUUGUUUCUCGUUUGCUUCCUUUCAUCUCCCUCCUUUUCCAACGCGAGACAAGCCUCCUCUUCCUUUGAGAUGCCCAAAGAAGACCCCUAUAAAGUACUGGGCGUCCCUCACCGUGCCAAUCAAGAAACCAUCAAGAAAGCAUACCGAGAAAAGGCAAAGGACACUCAUCCAGAUAAACAUCCCGAUAUUGAUCCGGCUGUGGCCAAUGAACGCUUUCGUCGCGUGGUCCAAGCCUUUGAACUCUUGUCCAAUCCAAGUCACAAACGACGAUAUGACUUGCUCAAGAACCAAAAGAAUAAGAAAAUGACAACUUCCUAUCAAAAACAACAAAACAAGCGCAAGUUUACGCAAACCAAGACAGAGCAGAGAAGUAAUGGACACUCCAGCUACACCUUUAGCACAUCGCAAAAAACAAACAAACAGCAGCAGCAACAAAUGAACCAAAAACAACAAUUCCAUGGUUCCCAACAGAAUGCUCAUACCAAACGAGCACAGAUUCUAAAGGAUGCCGAGCAGGCCCAAGAAUUCGUCCUCAAGUUGGCUUCGUUAGAUCAGCUCCAAUCGACUCUUCUAGAUCGGAAUCAACGCUUCACGAAACACUUUCUUUGUGUUUUUGUGGCUGGCAAACAAGUAGAACACUUUGUCACAGAAGAACUACUCUUUCCCUAUCCAUUUGCGGGUCCCAUCAGUCCACAGCAUCCAACCACAACAACUCAAUGGCAAGACAUUCUCCAAAUCGCCAAAGUCCGAUACAAUGCCCCCACGCCUCUGACGCAGGCAUUUCGAGUUCCCUCGGUAGCCAGUGCCCAACGCACGGGAAAACCCACCAUUGUCUUUGCUCGCCGAGGAGAUUUGAUCAGUGAGUUCAAAGUCUACCGACCCACCGGGAGCUGGAUGCCACAGGGAUAUUUCAAACUGGAAGACUGGGUUCGAAAACAACUACGAGUCCAAGUCACCAUUGUCAACUAUCACCAUGCUCCCAUUCAACUCUUUUCCAAAACUGGCAAGGCGUCCAUGCGAGACAGCUCGGACAAUAUUCAAAUUUUCGAAAAUCCCGUUCCUCCGGGACAUCAAAUCACAUUGCAGGCAUUCACCGCCGACCGCAUCAUGAUGAUGGAUGCCAAUGUCGACAAAUAUCCCGGUAGUGGCGGAUGGAAGUCUCUGCUCUUGCAACGAGAAGACGUGCUACAACGAGUGGUACUGGAUGAUAUACUGGUUCUAACCAAGACGACAGAACUGCAACAGACAGUGGAGGUGGGAGCCGGAUAUGGGACCACUCGCCGUUGCUACGAUCUCUCCACGCAGUGUACUACAUGGACGGCCUCCCGAAAAGCAGGAGAAUUGCCAAACUGUCAGGCACAAGUGGAGUUUGGCCACAACAUUUGUCCCAAGUCAUGUGGGGUCUGCGUCGAUGCGCCAUGGAAUGGCCUGUACUAUGCACUCUUUCAUCUUCCACUGCACAAAGUGCCUACACCCAUCUUGCGGGGGCCCUUGUCGGUGUUGCGUAGUACGGUUGGCUUUCUGGACGUCUUUUUCCAUGACUUUGCGCAUGUUUGGUCUAUGCGACGCAAUGUGGCGGCCGGAUUCAUCCUCGCAGGGUUGUUGGGAGGCAUUCAAAUUGUUACUCUCGGGCAAAUGCUCGUGACGGUGCCAUCCAAUCUACAGCGGCAACUGCAUCUUCAUCAAGCGGGGGCAAUGGUCGUGCUGAUCUUUACCCUCAUUGCGUCGGGCUUUUGGUUGUCGCAACAGCCCUCGUCGGAAGUUCCACCGCUUAUUCGAGGCUUUCAAGUGGAUUUGGUCCAAGUUGUGCUAAAGUCGAUGGAUGUCGUCUACGCCCUGCUCUAUCUAGGCUUUCUCUCGUGGGUUGUUGCAGGCAAAUUGGCCCAAAAACUGCGACGUCAAGGGCCACGCCACCAACAAUCCAACUUGCCAACCUUUCUGUUUCUGUGGCUGAUGGUAUCCAGUCUACUGCUCUGGGUUACCACAUAUCUUUUAUACAAUAACAAUCCUCUUGUGGACGGCAGGAAGAACCGUCGUUCCAGUCGAUGGUCUCAGAUCUGGAAGCUCCGCAAGAAUGUGGCUCUGGCCAUUUUCUUGGUGGGAUGUCUCGUGGGAGCUCUGGCGUUGUCUUUGGGACGGCUCUUUUGGCAGUCUUCCGCGAAACGAUACCUAGGUCUAUCACUAUUGAAUGGGAGUGUCCUCCUGGUUGGGGUCAGCUUGGCGUUACAGGACCAGUAUUUUGCCAAAGACCUGCAGCAUGUUCUGCAGAUGCGCAUGAGCGCGGCAAUUCCCUGUGCUCUCUUAGGAAUGAUGUGGGGUGUGGGACUUGCUCACAUCCUUUCAACGUACCAGGUCAAAGUAAAGGUGGACUAACUGGCUGGUGCAUCGUACAAGCCCAAACAGCGUCCAUCAGCAUUGGCUUCUACUUUCCAUUCAUGCACAAGCCAGCCGAUUUGGGACAACCAAAAUGAUAGAAACUGCACAUUACAUAACGAUAUACAACGAUAUCGUGUCCUUUCCUAGCUAGAGCCAGCUAGCAUCCCACCGUUUUAUAGAGGGCUAAUGAGCUCGCUGAGGGU